UGAGAUUGCGCAAUUCCCAAAGAAAAAAAAAAGGGGGGGAAAGGAAAAUACAGUGCUAGAAAUAGAAACACCCUCGUCUUUCCGAGUCUUCUCCUUAUUCUUCUUAUUCUCUCUCUUUCUCUCCUUGAAGCCAUGACCAGCUCUUCUGCUCCUUCCCGCAAGGCUUUAAGCAAGAUCGCCACUAAUAGGCUCCAGAAAGAGCUGGUCGAGUGGCAGGUUAAUCCUCCUGCUGGUUUUAAGCACAAGGUCACUGAUAAUCUUCAGAGAUGGGUAAUUGAAGUCAACGGAGCCCCGGGGACUCUCUACGCCAAUGAAACUUAUCAGCUUCAAGUUGAUUUUCCCGAGCAUUACCCAAUGGAAGCACCGCAGGUGAUUUUCCUGCCUCCUGCUCCUUUGCAUCCCCACAUUUAUAGCAAUGGGCAUAUAUGUUUAGAUAUUCUUUAUGAUUCAUGGUCCCCAGCCAUGACUGUAAGUUCUAUCUGCAUCAGCAUUCUGUCCAUGUUAUCAAGUUCAACUGCGAAGCAACGACCGGCAGAUAAUGAUCGCUACGUGAAGAAUUGUAGGAAUGGCAGAUCUCCAAAGGAGACAAGAUGGUGGUUCCAUGAUGAUAAAGUAUAAAUGUAAUAACAUUCUAAGAAUUAUCUAUGUAUUUAUGUGUAAAAAAGAAUUGAAGUGCUAUUCAUAUGGGUUGGCUGGAAAUUAAUCGCCACAGCAGAAGCCUUGGUAAAAGGACAAGGAAAAAAGAAAUCUGCCUUGUUUUAUUGGAUGUAUUGCCUGGAGAAUCAUGUUUUGAAGGAAAUACGCAUUCCCAAUCAGAUUGCAUAAAGUAGGAAGCCUUUACUA